GAUCUAUGUUUACGCUGAAAGUGCAAGUCAACGACAUCAUCAGUCAUCAAUACCUACGUCAAGCUGUUGUAGAAGUCUUUGUCAAUUACACCAAGACCAAUUCCACACUAACUGGCAACAAUGGAGCAGUAUUGAUAAGAGUUCCCUAUCAGCUAGGCCUAAGUUUAACUAUCACCUCUUAUAAAGAUGGUUAUAUGUUAACACCUUUGCCUUGGAAGACUGGGAGAAUGCCAAUAUAUUCAUCUGUGACACUUUCGUUGUUCCCUCAAAGCCAAGCAAAUAUAUGGCUGUUUGAGGAUACGGUUUUAAUAACCGGGAAGCUAUCUGAUGCCAAAUCUCAACCAAGUGUUCAGUUUCCAAAAAAAUUGAUAAAGCUCCCUAGGAACCACCACAUUACAAAUGUAACUGCCUACCUUACAGUGCCGCAACAGUUUUUGAAAGUGGACCAUUUCCUCUAUACCACAGGGAUUCUUUUAAAUAUGUCAGGUGCUUGGGUAAAUCACGGGUCGGGCACGGUAAAGGAUGCAGGUGACCAUUUGGUGUGGGCGUACACCGCUCCAAGCCUAGGCUACUGGAUCGCAGCCCCUCUGCCUGGAACAGCAGGGUCAGGUAUGACGGAUAUAACGGAGUACCACACAGUGUUUCUAACGGUCAUACUGGGAGGCACCGUUAUCAUUAUCGCUGGGUUCUUUGCAGUCCUCCUGUGCUACUGCAGGGAUAGAUGCAGCCAGUCAAGAAGGAGAGGAAAAAAUAUGACCAAACUGGACAUCUUAAAAAGGGACCAGAUGACGUCCACCAGUCACAUAAAUCACCUCGGGAUUGCCAAAGGGUCACUCCAGCCAGCAGACAAAUCUCAGAUGUAUUCACCCAAGUUGUCAUCCUACAGCCCGCAGAGAGGGGCUUUAGCGGAGGCAGAUGAGAGGAAAACUUGUGACAAUUUCAAAAACUUCCCAGAAGGUGCUUCGUGCCAGUCGUCUAGCAAGAAAACUCACUCCAGCUCACCUCAGUCCGCGGAACCUAGCAAGGGGGUGAGACAUUUGCAAGCAACACAACUCAUCAACGGACGUACUUCCCCUGCUAGGGACUCGCAAGAGCAGAACCAGUAUCUUUCAACACACGAGGAAAUGUACGGGCUCUCGCCUCUGCCGGAACAGUUGCUGCAUCUUUAUGGCCAGCCUAUCGCCAUCCUUCAAACCUCCGACCUUUUCCACUCCCCGGAGCAGUUACACACCGCCAAAUCAGCCACUUUGCCAAGGAAAGGACAGUUAGUGUACAAUCCAAUGAUGGAGCCCUUGAGUCGGGAGAGUUAUACCCAGACGUUACCCAAAAUGCCAGGGCACUCUCACCUGCAGCCACCAACUUCCAGAGACGAAACGGCUGUGUCGAACAGGCAGCAGGGCUUAUCUCCCCAAGCUGCAAACUGGGGGCGCUACACAAAUAGCUUGCUGGAGUCCGUUUCUGUCCCGGGGACACUCAACGAGGCCGUGGUAAUGACGCCAUUUUCAUCGGAGCUUCAGGGCAUUUCAGAGCAAACCUUAUUGGAACUCUCAAAAGGAAAACAGUCCCCGCAUCCCAGGGCGUGGUUUGUGUCCUUGGAUGGCAAGCCGAUAGCUCAAGUGAGACACUCGUUCAUUGAUCUCAAAAAGGGGAGGAAAACUGAGAGUAACGACACGAGCUUGGACUCUGGCGUGGACAUGAACGAGCUUAACCCUAGUCGGAAACUGGAGAGGGAGAAGACUUUCAUUAAAAGUAUGCAACAUCCUAAGGUUCUCUACCUGGAAGACUUGGAUCUCAGCGGCAGUGAAAGCGGGACCACUGUUUGCACCCCUGAAGAUCAGACUGUCAAACAUAUGCCGGACGGAGGGAGUGAUCCAGUCCUUCGACAGCCUGCCGAAGAGGUUCCUAGGUCAGAAAGCACAGCAGAAGAGCUUGAGGCCAGCCCUCCUCCAACAAAGAAGCGGGGAAGGCCCAUUCUGACCAAAAGAGGUAGCAAAACCAACAUUUGGAAGAAAAGAGAAGAGAGGCCGCUCAUUCCCAUCAAUUAG